AUGCAUUUUUGGGGCAAGAAGCCGUCAGCUUGUUCAUUCUUAGGAUUCUUAAAGUUAGCUAGUGCAACAAAGAAUAUAAUACUCGGGAUUCAAAUUCAUUGUUGCGUUUUGAAAUUGGGUUUUGAUAUUGACAGUGUCCUUGUUCUCUCUGCGUUGAUUGACAUGUAUGGAAAAUGUAGAGACAUUGAGAGCUCGGUGGAUAUAUUUGAGAAUGUUCCAAAUAGAACUCUCAAGUGUUGUAACUCUCUUAUGACAUCUUCGCUUCGAUGUGGUCUAAUCGAUGAUGUGAUUGAGUUGUUUGGUCUAAUGAUUGAUGUACGGAUUGGAUAUGAUGAAGUUAGCCUCUCCUCAACUCUGAAAGCAUUGGUGGUGUCUGCUUUUGCUAGUUCCACUAGCUGGAUGCGGCAUUAUUCAUGUAUGAUUGAUCUUUUGGGUCGUGUUGGUUUACUACAUGAAGCAGAGCAAUUGCUGAAAGAAGCACCGAGGGAUGGAAAAUCUGCGAUAUGGAGCUCAAUGUUACGGAGUUGCAGGAUUCACCAAAAUGAACAAGUGGGAAAGAGAGCUGCUGCAACGCUAAUGAACCUAGAGGAUCCUGCUGCUUGGUUACAAGCUUCAAGUUUCUAUUCUGAAAUUGGGGAUUUUGACUCUGAAACACGAUUUCGGGAGGUUGUUGUGGCAAGAAAGAUUAGAAGAGAUAUAGGUCAUAUUUUGAUUGAGGUGCAUGGUCACCGACAAAAGGACUUAUUGAAUGGAAACAGUAUCGCUCCAAGGAAACUUCUUGAUAAUAGUGAUGGACGAGAUAGUGCUAGAUAUAGCCAGUACUAUCAAAGCUACUAG